AUGAAUCGAACAAAAGAUUUUAAACCUAAUGGAUCAUCAAGGCAAGAACAGCUUACAAAAGAAUCAUUAAAUGCCUUGAAUAAAGUUUUGAGUGAGGAGAGAAGUGGAUCAAGUCGUCAAUUUUGUAUUGCAACAUGGUACUCAGCUCCAACAAAUAAAGCACUAGUAACAACUAUUAAAGGAAAUCAUUUUCAUAAUAUGGGCCACUCCAUCUCAGGGCAACAAUGGUUACUUCCUGAAGAAACAUUAUUUUUGUUGGAAAGAGGAUCAUUAGUUGUUUAUUACAACAAUACACCUAUUUCAUUGCAACAGGCUUAUAAUUUAAUGAUUUGUGAUUGGUUAAGCUUUGAAAAAAUUGGAUAUACUGUCUUGAGGACAACAUCAUUAUCAUUAUUGGCAUCAAAGAAAAAAUCAAAGACAAAUAAUGAUCAAAAUAAAAGAAUAGUGGAAGAGGAAGGGGCAGGCGGAGGAAUUUUAUUGAAUACAAAUAAACAAAUGAUCAACAAUGCAAAUUUUACUCAAAGAUUUAGUAGAUUAUUCAUACAAGGAGCAGAUCUAUCAUUUGGAAAUACAUUAAAGAGAUUAUUUGGCUUCUUUGAUGAUAAAAAUAAGAGUGAGGAUAAUGGCAAACAAAUGAUGGGACCAAUAGUAAAAUCUAAAUCGUGUAGCAGUUAUGAUGAAGUUUUAAAAAAUUUGCAAAUAAUUGAAAGAUCCAAAGAUUUUGUUUUAAAUAUCAAAGAGGAGGAAGAAGAAUAUGACAUUGAUUUUUUUGUAUAUAAACAAUCAUUUAAAAAAAAAAGUCCUGGAAAACCAUUUUUUAAUCUAAUUGUUUCUUGUUCUGAUUCAGAAAAACCUCCAAAUUUAAAAAACCUUGAAAAACUUUUCAACAAAGAUGAAAAUUCAAAUAUUGUAUUUGCAUUAGUUGAAGGUGGAAAUAUUUCAUUUGUAGAAGUUAAAUCCGAAAAUAAUAAUGUCAUCACCACCACUAAUAAAUCAGAAACUAGAUCUUCUGAGAUACCACAAUAUUUGAAAAAAGGAAAUCGUUUAGCAUUCUACAACAUCACAUGCCUAUUUGAUAAUACAUUUCCCUAUACAAAGAAUAUGAUAGAAAUAUUUGGAGAUAACCAAAUUAAAAUUUUUGUUGAAAAGCACACAACAACAUUGAGAAAAAUUACAUCAAUGAGAAUUAUUAUAAAUGAUAAUACAAAUAUAGAAAAUUUCAGUGUGAAUAUAAAUAAAAUGAUCACAAAAUUUUCAGAACCUCCAUUUGAUGGAGAAUAUAAAAAUGAAUACAAUGAGUUAUUGUGGUGUCAAGAUGUAUUGAAAAAUAU